GUGGCAUAGUGGCGUAGUGUAGAAACCAUGGUAUAGUCACAUAUGCUACUCAUGUCUACUCCUACCAGAGGUUUCACCAACAAAUCUCAAGAAGGGCCGCUCAAUUCCAGAAGAAAUGUAAGUUUAGCUUUUUCCCUACGAGUGUGGAUUUCCACGCCGAAGCAGACGAGUCCUUCAGUUUGGCUCGAAGCACAUCUGAGCACAUCGAAUAGCACAGCUUGGCGCCAUGGCCGCAGACACCCCGAUGGCUGAGAACGGCACAGACGGGUAUGCUGCUUGUUCCAUCAGCAUGGCAGAGGAACGUCAGGUCAGCGGAUUUGAUGAAAUCUCCUCGUUUUGAAGCGGAUUUGAUGAAGGUGUCUUCUUUCUAGCAUAGCGGAGGAAGACGAUCCACGACAAUGGAUUGCUUGAAUGCCAGCUAGGCUGAUGCCCUUUAAUCAGCGGAUUCUUGCGUUUUAUUUGCACAACCACUUGUGCCGAACUCCCAUGUUCAUCACUUUUGGGGUCGAAAGUACGAAACGUUUGGUUUGCGGGUGCGUGCGAUUUGUCAGAUAGGUUGCUUCUUGUCCAUUCUUGCUGUGUUUUGAAAUGUGCUAAUGAGGCCAAACAUGAGGCCGACUCCUGCAAAAAACAAUCAUGAGGCCAAACAGGACAUCAAACUUUAUAUCAAGACAAACAAAACACAUGAUGUGUAAUCAUCUAAUGUGAAGCUCAAUGAAUCUCAUCAUUUUCAUAAUAAUGGUUGUGUGAUUUGUUUUCUAUAUGCUAGGACACUCCCUGUGCCAUUUGUUGAAUGUAAUAGUUAACAUAAACAAACAACUUGCACCUGACCUGAUGUGUUUGUUUAUCAGUUUCAUGAACCUCAGGUGGUGGCUGCCAAGGUGGCUGAGCUCGACGCCUUGAUCAGCCAGGUUGAAGCCCAGAAGCGCAAGCUGGUCAAGGCCCAUUGCCGCGGGGAGCAGCUCCCAGAGGGCGUCGUGAUGAUAUGGAAAAAGGACUUGGACAAGAUGAAGUAUAACGAUAAGGCGCCAGCGGUUGAUGGAUAUAGUGCAUAUUACAAGUUGGACGUGCACCAAAGGCCAAAGGAUCUCGCUUGGAUCAAUCAGUGUGCCAACUGCAGCAUCUACUACAAGCAGGGAGAGACCCUGAACAAGCACUUUUCCUCAUCCGGAGGGCAUGUGCAAUGGCAAGUGGAAAGGCCACAGUUGUCCGAUGUGCGGCCUCCAAAGAGGUCACCUACAGGUAAAGGACAUGAACAACUCCCGGUGGUGUACAAGCAGCAACAACACACUGAGUGGUAAACAUGACAGCUUUUUUGGGGUUCAAAUACUUGAAGGAAAGCUUCGAAAGGAGCGGGGGAUUCAAAAACAGCUUCGGUUAGAACUGAGUCUGUGAGUCGUUCUUCUCCAAUCACCCAGGAGUAAAAGCCCAUGGUUGGAUGUCAACAGCUCUUCCCAUCGGUCUGAGUGUCACAAGUGUAGCGGAACAAGCGUGGUCCAGAAGCGACCUGGCUUGAUUCUGCGGCUCAUCUC